UAAAUAUUCUUAAAUAAAAUUAGUAAGAGUGUUUUAAGAACACUUUCUUAACUCAAAAGGUUGGAAGUUUGGUCUUCACUGCUGUAAGAAGACUCAAUGGCUUCCACUGUUGCAGUCGUGAAUAACCAUGCAGAUGGCAGUGUAACAAAUCACGAUGCAAAAAAAGGAUCUGCAGACUGGAAGGCAAAUUUAAAACUUCCUCCUAAAGAUAAAAGGAUAAGAACCGCUGAUGUAACAGACACAAAAGGAAAUGAUUUUGAAGAUUACUGUCUAAAACGUGAACUGUUGAUGGGGAUUUUUGAAAAAGGAUUUGAAAAACCAUCCCCAAUUCAAGAGCAGAGUAUCCCUAUUGCUUUGGCUGGAAGAGAUAUUAUGGCCAGAGCUAAAAAUGGUACCGGAAAGACUGCUGCUUAUUUAAUACCUUUGUUAGAACGUGUAGAUCCAACAAAGACCCACAUACAAGCUUUGGUUCUUGUUCCCACUAGAGAGUUAGCCCUUCAGACAUCACAAAUAUGUAAAGAUUUAAGCAAUCACUUGGGCACUAAAGUUAUGGUUACCUUAGGAGGAACAAGUCUGAAAGAUGAUAUUAUGCGUCUGUAUCAAACUGUUCAUGUUGUUGUUGCUACACCAGGCAGAAUAUUAGACUUAAUGAAGAAAGGUAUUGCUAAAAUGGGUCAGUGUCAGAUGCUUGUGAUGGAUGAGGCUGAUAAGCUCCUAUCCAUGGACUUCAAGAACCUAUUGGAUACUUUAAUUGAACUUUUGCCUAAAAAUCGACAAAUUCUACUGUACUCAGCCACAUUUCCCUUGUCUGUUAAAGAAUUUAAGGAUGAAUAUUUGACAAAACCAUAUGAAAUAAACUUAAUGGAUGAACUAACAUUAAAAGGAAUUACCCAGUACUAUGCUUUUGUGGAGGAGAAACAAAAAGUUCAUUGCUUAAAUACAUUAUUUUCCAAGCUUCAAGUGAAUCAGUCAAUUAUCUUCUGCAACUCUGUGCAACGUGUUGAACUUCUUGCCAGGAAAAUCACACAGCUUGGCUAUUCAUGUUUUUAUAUUCACUCUCGCAUGCAACAGUCACAUAGAAACAGAGUUUUUCAUGAUUUUCGUUCUGGACAAUGCAGAAAUUUAGUGUGCUCUGAUUUGUUUACACGAGGUAUUGACAUUCAAGCAGUCAAUGUUGUUAUCAAUUUUGACUUUCCAAAGAAUUCUGAAACUUAUCUUCACAGAAUUGGCAGAUCUGGUCGUUUUGGCCAUUUGGGUAUUGCUCUUAACUUGAUCACAUAUGAUGACCGCUUUAACUUAUAUCAAGUGGAACAAGAGCUUGGAACUGAGAUUAAACCAAUUCCACCUUCAAUUGAUAAAAGUUUGUAUGUGGCAGAGUUUCAACAAGAAAAACCUCAACCAGAAAAUGAGAAAGAGUAAGAAAUAAAGAAAUCUUGACAGUAUAAAUAAUUGUAAUUAUUUUGAGUUUAGUUUUAAGUAUUGUUUGGUCACAGUACUUAAACGUUUUUGUACAUUGUUAGAUAGGCGACAAUGCUCUCCAUUGUGGAGGUGAAGGUAAUCUAAUGUUCAAGUUAGGUUACCUCCAGCUCCGCCUACAAUGUCUAUGAUAUUGUACUCAUUGUGUUUGUACCCUGGUUGUGGUGAACCAUAAACAAUCUAAUCUGUAAUGGUCCAUUUCCGCCUGUGUUUGUUACAAGUAGGGUACGAAUCUAGCCGACAUGUUCCGCUGUGUCGACGACCCAUUGUAAAUAGUUUAUAAUAUAUAUGUUUAUUACGGAGAGCAGUGCCGUCUUUAUUUGCUUAUCGUUCUUCUCCGUGUUACGCAAGCAAAAACAUCGAUUCGUGCAAGGAUUUGUUCGAGGCUAAUUAAAAAAAUAUUGUUUUGUGAUUUUUAUGACACGUAGCAAUUUAGCAAGGAGUAUACUUGCGAAAGUAUGCGCUUGCUGUUAUGUGUUACCUUGUAGUGAGUAGUAAAAAGAAAGCUUGUUCAAUACGUUUAAUUAUUGCUGAAAAUUUAUUAGAUUUUUAUGGAUGAAGCAAGACAUUUUAAGUUUAGUGUUAAUCCAACCUAAAGCUCAUGCUCGUGAAGAUUUACCCAGAGUAAUUAGGCGAACUUUUGGUUGGAUUAACACCAAGCUUCGCAUUUCAAGUCGUUGUCGGUGCUGUAUAAUUAUCGUGGAUAUGAGAAGCAUGGACAAUUUAUAAACUGAAAAUGCACAGACUUGAAAUCAUUACAGUGUAUUGUUGCCAGAAAAGAGCACAGAUUUUUAUGCGCUCUGUGGCAGGGUUAUAUCGUGUUACUCAGAUGGAUCGUGAUUAACUGCAACAAACAAAUGGUGGUGCUCCUAAAUAUGACCGCCUAUACUGAACAUUUUAAUUGUUGUGUUAUCAUACAAAAAAACCGUAGCUGGUUAAAUUUAAGAUAUUGUGUUAAAAAGACGUCCUACACAAUAAAGAAAAACGCCAGACCGCAUUUCAUAGAUAGCUCCGUCUUUGAUUUCCGGCAUGGAAAAAAGAACUGUAGAAUUCACGCUGGUUGAAUUAUAACAUUCGCUCCCGGUGGAGACAGAGUUGAUAAUAUAUUGUUGAAGCUGGAAGAAGCAGUAUAAAUCGACUUGGAGCAAAAAGUCAACGAAAGACUAAAAAAUACCUUGGCCGCGUCGUUAAUAGUAUUUGUUUUCACAACGCUUUACUAAUGAAUCUUCACUUCCAUUUGUUUGUUUUCCGCCAACGAAUCCGACGUCGUUGCUGAACACGAUUGUGUCUUGCUUACUUUUUCUAAUGCUGUCGGAGAACAAACAAUAGGAAGGGAAGACUUGGAUGUGUCGUGAAAAAACGUAUAAUGUAAAGUUUGAUGCUCUUGUGAUACAUGUACUAUGUCAGAUGUCAGUCUUAAUAAAUGCGGUAAUAUUUAGUUUCAUGUAGGACAUGUAUCACGUAUGAUAACUUUGCCUGAUAUUUCUUUCUUUCUUUUUGUACACGCCCCUCUUUCUACUCAUAAAGUACGUUGUUAACUCUAUACAGAAGAAAGUUGCAUGGUCUCUCCCCUAUUCUUUUACUUAUAAAUAUGACCUUAAUUUUUUACGUUGAAAAUUAUUUAUUUUGGUAUAAUUUAUAUGAUAUCAGAAAGUCAUCUAUGCAAAAGAAAAAAGAAAUAGA